AUGAAUCUGCUUCAGUGGCACGACGAUGACUGGGACUUUGCGCUCUUCGUCGACCUCACCACGUCGUCGACCAAGUGGAAGGACAUUCUCGCCUCCAUUCCUUUACCGCAACCCGCCCCGGCCAACUCGGGCCGCGGCAGGGGGUACCGCCGCUACAACGACACCACAGUGCUCGAUGGUGGCUCGACCAUACUGGCGACCCUCGCCGCUUUCGACAGAUGCGACGGCCAAAUCAACAACCCGUCGUUCCGGUUCGACAUCCUGCGCAAGCUGUGGGACAGCGUGGGGCUCCGCUCGCCCAACUACGCACCUGGGGUGGACGGCAACAGCGGCAGCGGCAGCGACGACGGUGCGACCUGGACGGCCAGCGAAGUGUUGACCACGUUGCUGGCGUGCCUGGGGUUCGUGUGGCAGCCCGACGUGUGCCAGGUGCCCAGCGAUGAACGAUACGGCGGCAUCGCCAGCCACUCCAAUCAGUUGUGCCGGCAUACUGCCGCCGCCAAGCGUCAGGAGCGACAGCACACGGCUGACUUUGUCGAUAAGUUCGCACACUUGGUUGCACAGCACGUCGACCAGACCGGCGAUACGCCUGGCCAGGAGGCGUCGGCGUGGCAGCUGAUCGAGCGCCAGGUGAUGCGGUUCGUCGGACAGCAGCGACUCGCACGCGCCGCGGAGUACCUGGCCGACCGAGCCGCCCGCAGAGGCGUGUGGGCAGAUCAGCCGCCGUUUGCGCUCACAGAAAGUGGCGACGUGACCGGCUACAACCAAAACCGCGGCUUCUUCGCGGCCAGGCUCGACCUGGUGUGUCCGAUCUCCAGCGGCGGCGGAGGCCUCCAGGCAGACGACCCGAUGUCAAUCCAAGGAGAGAACGGACAGCAGCAGGUGGUGGUCUCGGUCUCCACCAAGGCCGUCGACACCUACGACGCGCCCUCCGAGCAGACCAUGAUCACGGUGCGCGUCGUAGGUGGCCACCAAGCAGGCCAUCAACUCCACCAGCGACUCACCGCGCUCGCCGAGUCGGCCACCGUGACCUUGAGCGAGGAAGAGAACGGGUACGACGUGGGCGACGAGACCCACCCGGCGGCAGCCGAUGGGCAUGCAGCCCUACUCAUCUACCUGAAUCGAACCAUGGGCAGCCCCAACGUCGAGCUUCGCAAGAAGGUGGUGGCCACCGCCGCGCUGGCCGCCGUCGGCCGCCUUCUCGGCCUAUCUGCCCCGCCGGCCUCUGAUGACGCCAUCGCCGAUGCCGGGCUGCGCCGAGACGAUGACAACAAGAAGCUGGCGCAGGCCGUGGUGGAUUUCUUGUGGACGGUGAUGCGCGUGACGACAUGGGACGCCGACGAGGGCGCCUUCCCGGUGUCGCUUGGCCAGUGGAAGAAGUGGGAGCGUCAACCCUACGACGAUGCCGAAAGCAGCGACCAGUUGGUGGCCUCGCGUCCUUGUGCAACCUAUUGA